UGUGAUAUUUAGGAAGUGUGAAUCGUACUCUUUUUGCUAGUUUGGAUACUUCUGGGUUUUAUGAGAUAAGAUGGAGGCAGACAUCUCACUGCAACAGAAAUUUCAGGGGUAAUACAUGGUUGUAUCUAGAGAUCUCCUUGAAAUCCCCCACAAAGGGUGUGGAGGGUUUCACACACCUCCUCUGAGGCUUUCUCAGAGACGAAGGUGUUUCUGUCUAGCUUUCUUGCUGCUCAGUGUCAUGAUUUUCUGUAUUUCAUGGUAAAAUUCCUAAUUAAGAGCUGAUGAGGUGGGGUCAUCCCAGACAGGGCCAUGGAAACUCUUCGGCAGGCAGGUGUAAAAACUUACAUUUCUACAACCCGAGGCAGAGUAGGUGUGGAUGGUGGUGCACUGGGCUCUCUCUGUGGGUUUACACUUUGUUUUAACUCCUCUAGGUACUUGCUACUCUCCUGUCUCUCUCUUUGUCUUUUUUUUUUUUUUUUUUGUGAUUGAGCAAAUCUAACCACAAUCUCUUUUUACACCCAGUUUCUGAAGAAAGUCUUUUACCUGGUUUUCAGCUGAACUGUUGUUUUACUUGUAACAAGAACAAGACAUCAGAAAUCCAGUAUACAAAAUAAUAGAUUGAUUCUGUUAUAUGAGGCAUUCAGUCAUUUGAGAAUCAGAGAAUCUUUUAGCACCCUACAGUUUGUGGAGAUUUUUCCUCUUAGGAUAUUAUUACAUUAUUACAAUUCAUGCAAAAAAUAUCCACUUACCUUUAAAGAAAUACUUAUUUUAUUUUGAUAAUUGAUUUAGGAAGUCUCAUUAUAUCAUCAGUUAAAGUUCAAGAUAGUGCUCAAUUUCAAAAGCCACUUUAAAUGUUCUCCUUAUAACUCCUGUAGCAUUUACAAAGCAAGACAUUAAAAUUCCUUGAGCCAUCAGCAGCAAGGUGACUGAGUGGUGCAAAAAAUAUUACUAUUAUUUAAAGAAAAAAUUAUAUGAGAUUAGGAAAGUUACUUUUCAGAAGGCAUUGAGCAAGUGAGAGAGAGCACUGGAAUUUAAGAUGUUCCGCUUAUGAUCCUCAAGAACACACCUACAGUCUUGCCAACUCUUGCCAAUCCAGUCAGCCCUCAGAAGACACCUGAUCCUUAAUCAUCUACCUCUUGUAGUUGCAAGGAGGCCUUUUCACAAAGAGAUACAAAGAAGUCAUUAACAUUUUCAUCUCCUUAUUGACAUGGCUCUUUGCAGGAAUGAUAAUGAGGAAGCUCAUUGUGAAUGUUCCCUUCAGUCCACUUCAUCCCAGCACUUAAGAAGUGGUUUUGGAGUGCCAGAUCCUUUUACACAGUUCAGUAAGGAGGCUCCUGACUCUAAUCUAGAAAGUCAUAUUGCUUUGGAUAUUGUGGCACUGUGGGGAGGCCACUGACAUACUGGUCAAAGUAUUGUUGUUACAUUCUCACUGAUAGUUUUGGCAGCAGGAGACAAAUUGUGUUGUUUGUGUUUGCUUUUGCUUUUGCAGAAGUGUGCAGGGCAACUAGUCUGGAAUGCCACUGCUAAGGAUGGAUUCCUAAAAUAUUUGGAUGCUUUCUGAGGACUUAAGGCAAAAUGAGCAUAUUUUCCAAAUAUUGCUUUGCAUCAGGUAGCUGAGGGCAUCCUUGGGGUUUCAGAAGAGAACGUGGCUGCUGUGAUAGCUGGGAUCACACCUCAGCCACUGCCAAAUCAUCAGGUGUCUGCCAGCAAAGGAGCUUCCAGCAGCGAUUCUCCUUCACGAUCCGUGACACCACAACAGAGUGAAAAAGAGAACCAAAACCUUUUGAUAGGGAAGCCCUCAUGAGAGUACAGGUUUCAAGAUUGCCGUUUGCUAAAAAUUCUCAGUUAAAGAGUUCAAGUUGUAGAAAUUCAUCUGCAAUAGUCUAUAGGCCAAAGCUCUUUGGUGCCUUGAUUGGGAAGAGGAGACCCCAGGUUUUCAAGCCAAGUGUUCAUGAUAUGAUCCAGCUGCCUUACAGGGAUCAACAAUCCACUUGUGAAAAAUGGUUCAAAACGAAUCCCACCUGGAUGCUUUGACACUGGCAAUGCUCCAGAAUAAAACAGUCUCCAUCACCCUCCCAGUUGUGUAUUCAUUGGUGGCUCUGGUCAGCAUCCCUGGCAACUUCUUCUCCCUUUGGGUGCUCUGUUGCCACAUCAAACCCAAAACACCUUCUGUUAUUUUCAUGAUCAACUUAAGCAUCACGGACCUUAUGCUGGCCAGCUGUUUCCCCUUCCAGAUUAUUUAUCACCUCCAAAGCAAUCACUGGACAUUUGGCAAGACUCUUUGCAGCCUUGUGACAGUCAUGUUCUAUUCCAACAUGUAUUCUUCCAUACUGACCAUGACCUUCAUCAGCAUGGAGCGGUACAUGGGUGUGGUACACCCCUUGAAGUUGAUGAAGUGGAGAAAAAAAAGAUAUGCCUUGGCUGCCUGCCUAGUUAUGUGGCUUUUCUUGCUACUAGCCUUCUUCCCACUAGAAACUGCAGACCUGACCUAUGAAGUAAAAGAAUUAGGGAUCAUAACAUGUUUUGAUGUCCUUAAAUGGGAUAUGCUGCCCAGCUUUGCAGCUUGGGUAGCCUUUCUCCUCACUUUGUUUGUUGUGCUGUUCUUGAUCCCUUUUGUUGUAACAGUUGGAUGCUACAUUGGUAUCAUAAGGAAGCUAAUUCAGGAAUCAAACAGAUAUGGUAAUAAGCAAAAGACUAGAUCCAUAUACCUGGCGACAGUUGUCCUUCUGUCCUUCAUCACUUGCUUUGCCCCCAAUAACUUUAUCCUACUUGCACAUAUGAUCAGCCGCCUAUUUUACAGCAGCAGUUUGUACCCUGCCUACAAGCUCACCUUGUGCCUCAGUUGCUUCAACAACUGCAUAGAUCCCUUCAUUUAUUAUUUUGCAUCGAAAGAAUUUUACCAGAAAUUCAUGCAAUUGUUCCACCCUAAGGUACUUCUCAGCGACAGCUUAGAAAACAGAAGGGAAAGUUUAUUCUCUGGCAGGACCAUGUCAGCCAGAUCGAUGUCAAGCGGACCUAUGGAUGGGUUAGAGGGAGUAAGGGUCAGUUUGCAGAGGCAGGAAAGUGUUUUUUAGCUUUAGAUAUGCCCAGAAGAAACACACCUGUGAAACUCAUGAGUAGGCACAGAAAACUUUUCCUUUUGAAAGGCUAUGCUCAAAAUACCUUGCUCCAGUGACAGAACUCAAGCUGUACUUGAGCUGCAUUUCGGGAUUUUGUGGUCAUGGAAGUGCUUAAGGAACUGAAUUGAUUCAAGAAGGCACUGAAGCAAAUCAAACAGGGUUAGCCUGGAAAUAGCCUUGCUGCAUAAGACUAAGGGAUAGGUUUAGAACAGUUGCUCUCAGGUUGUACUAUGGUUAACCAAAGACUUGCAAUUCUCAGUGAAUGUGAAAUAUUUCUGUACGCGAAUUAGAGCAUACACCAAAGUUGGUUUGGGAGUAAGGGAGUUGUUUUUGUAAAGAAUGCGCUAAGCUUUGUUUUUGGUUUUUUUAUUAUAUUUCUUCUUUGUUGUUGUAUUUUUAUAAAAGAAAGAAUAAAAGUAGCAUGGUAUUUUACCA